CUUUAUCUAUGCCCAACAGAGUUCAGUCAAAAUUAUCAAGAGUAGAUAUAAAUUGGAUUGUUGACAUGCUUUGUCAUAUCAGAGGACAACCGAACUAGCAUGACUUGUGGAAUAAUAUAAGAGAUUUAAGGAUUCAAUUAAAGAUGGCACCCUCCAAAAAGCCAAUUGUGAGAAAUGGAGCGUAUGAGGAGCAACACCAUGCAAUGCUUCAGAAGAAGGAUAUUGAGUAUGAAGUCAUUGACCCUGCUCUUACUAGAUGUGGAAUUGGACCUCUAACAUGUGCAGCCCUCCAAAAAUUUGCUACCAUCAAGGUAUUCUGUGCGGUACUUUGCUUGGUGACAGUGGUAUCAAUGAUCCAGGGAGUCUACUUAAUAGGGGUAAUCCGCCAGUUGGAAAAAAGGUUUGGGUUACGAGGUUCCGAGACUGGAUUGAUAUUAAGCAUGGAUGACUUUGUACACAUUGGACUGAUAUUAUUCAUAGGGCAUAUUGGAGAUAGGGUCAACAAGCCGAAAGUGAUUGCAUCUGCAGUGAUCUUCACAGCACUUGGAGGAUUUCUCAUGUCUCUCCCUCACUUCUUAUAUGAAGGCGAACUCAAUGAACAAAUGCACAAGUUGAACCCAAACCUGAUCAACAAAACCCAACAAGAGAAUGCGAGUUUCUCGAUGAACUCAGAUCAAACGGGUUUAUGUCAUUUGGGUGUUUUCAAUCAAAGUGAACAGGACAGACAAUGUCUUUCUGGGGAAAAGCGUUCAGGAUUCAGUAAGAAUCCUGGUGCCUAUGGAAUCUUCUUAGCAGCCAAAGUACUCAUGGGUAUUGGAGGUUCACCAGUUAGUACAUAUGGAAUGACAUAUAUUGAUGAAAAUGUACCAAAAGUCAGCGAUUCUUCAUUCUAUUUAGGUCUGGUCAGAAUGACAUAUGCAUGGGGCCCAAUACUGGGAUUACUGCUUUCUGGUGUUAUGGUGAAAAUUCCAAAUGAUUUAAAAGAAUCACACUUGACCCCAGAGGAUACUGACUUUAUAGGAGCCUGGUGGUUGGCAUAUGUUUUCUUGCCUUUUAUACUUUUAAUACUAGCCGUUCCACUUGCAUUUUUCCCAAAACAUUUGCCCCAUGCCCGUAAGAUCAUCAAAGAUACAGAGACCAAAGACCAUUGGAGGAAGACUCACACUGGCCACACUGUGAAAGAUAAUCUGAAAGAUUUUUUCUUAUCAUUUGGUGAGCUGUUAAGAAAACCAGCGUAUGUGUGCCUGGUUAUAAACUCAACCCUUGGAGUUUAUAUAAUCUACACACUGUUUGUGAAUAUGCCAAGAUAUAUUGAAGCUCAGUUCCAACAGCCUGUCUUCAUCAGUAACAUAAUAUCAGGGUCCUCCUCAGCAGUAGCAGGUUCAGUAGGGAUAUUCCUUGGAGGUUUCAUUCUACGUCGUAGAAAAUUGAAGCCUCCAGGGGCAGCAAAGAUCCUUGCAAUAACCCUGUUCUUAUCAACAGUUGGAUUAGGGGUGGCCAUGAUCUUCAACUGCCCACAAGAUCAUUUAGCUGGCUAUACACCUGGAGAACCUAAGUGGGAACCCAGUUUGCCUUGUAAUGGAAACUGCAGUUGUGACCUAGAGCUCUACAAACCAGUAUGUGGCAGUGACAAGAGGAGUUACUACUCUCAAUGUUAUGCUGGAUGUAGCCAACAAACUGGAAAAAGAAGUUUUGCAGACUGUGCGUGUACCAAAUCAUUGGAUAAUUCUACUGUAUCUUCAUACAAUUCCACAAGUUCUGCACUGAAAGGGCUGUGUCGUCCUUCAUGCAUGGCGGUGAUACCAUUCGCUAUUGUACUUGCUGUUGUUGCCUUUAUCAAUUCCAUUGGAGCUGUUCCUUCAACCAUUCUGAUGUUCAGGAUCGUGGGAGACAGCAGAAAAGCUUUUGCUCUAGGAGUGAAUUCUUUUGUCUACAAUUUACUAGGAUUCAUCCCAGGGCCUAUAGUUGCAGGCAUCAUUGUUGACACAACAUGUAUCGUUUGGCAGAGGAGUUGUGGGAAAACAGGGGGUUGUCUUCUUUACAGUGCAGAUUUGCAGAGACAGCGAAUGGUUGGGGCUACUGUUGGGGUGAAAAUCGUAAUACUGGUGUUCAGUUUAAUUGUAUAUGCUCUGGUACGACGUCAACAUUGGGAUGAUGAACCAGAUUCAGAAGAUCAAAAAGUAAAAAUUGAAAUGAAAGAUCAUCAUUCAAAUGAUACGUCCACCAAGAAACUGAUGACCAAGAAUCAUACUGAUGCUUAAUACAACAUUAUAUGAACUGUUGUAUGAAAAAAUGGACUACAUAUAGUCAAGUUGGACUUCUGAUAUUCAAACAUUAUAGUCACACAGACAGGGUUGACAACAAUCUGAAGUUCUGACUCUGAGUACAGUCCAAGAGUUUUAGCAACUUGAGGUGGAGACUCUUGGAUUUUAUGACCUCUUUGCUUAUUACCAAAAUGAUCCAUUUCCUGGAGAAUGAACAGAUGUAUGUUUAAAACAAGCCAGGGAAUAAAUCAUGCAGUACAUAUGCUACAAGGUUCUCUACUUUGGUAUUAUCAUUAAUUGAAAAAUAAACUGAGACUCAAGAUAGUUACAUCAAAUGGAUUUACCAGCAAGUAUACAGCUGGUUUAUAAUUCAUUGACUGUGAACUACCCUGGAUAAUUUGAUUUGCUUCUAUAAAAGAAAACUUCAGGGAAUAAACCAAGUUCUGGCACUCCGGGCAGUGAAGUUCAAAAGCAUGUUCCUGCCCAAAAGGAGCAAAAUAAUCAUUUAUACUGAGCCAAAAAAUUCCUGGUGUAUCAUUGACAAAAUACUUUUGACAUCUACAUGAAUAAAUCAAACUAAAAAGGUAAUGUAAUAACAUGUAAAUACAUGAAAUACAAGGUUUGAUCCCACAGCAUCUGCAUUUAAUUUCAUUGUAAUUUCUUUUAUAUAACUUUUUAUCCUCCAUUCAUCUCAAAAGGUGACAUAUCUUAGCCCAAUUUUCACUGGUUUAGGCUUCUAGAGGUGUAUUGCCUCUUUAGCAGGACCAUUUUUUGAAAUUUUCUUCAUCUCUGUUUCCUGUUUAUUGUUGUUUUUUUCUGUCCCUUUUCUUUGUGGAAUAUUUUUCUGCAUGUAUUUAGUUUUUCCUGCUUUUUUCAAAUUUUCAAAGUUGAUAAA